GAGGCCGGGCAGCAGUGACAGAGGAUCCCUGGGUAGUUGUGGUGGAGCCACGCAAGGGGGACGUCUGCGAGGAUGAACUCUGCACUGCUGAUCUCCAUACUGGGGCUGAUCUGGGCAAAUCAUGCCCAAAGUAACGUUCCCUUCAAGAAGGACUUUGAUUUAAACAAGUUUUCAGGCUUCUGGUAUGUAAUCGGAAUGGCAACAGAUUCGGAACAGUUAAUGGCACCCAAGGGUGAGAAGAAGAUGGCAGGUUCCAUUGUUAGUGUGGAGAACGGCCAAAUUCGAUUGAAGUUUUCCUAUCACCAAACAAGAGGGUGCCAGGUAGAAAAUUUAGUUGGGAAAGAAAUAAUCAGUGGGAAAUACGAUUUUCCUGGGAAAAGAGUCGUGUACAUAUCAGAUACCGAUUACCAAGAUUACGCCGUGCUCUACAUAACUGCAUAUCUUGACGGAGAAAACCACGAUGGGUUGAUGUUUUACAGUCGGACUAAGGACCCAAGUGAAAACGGCAAGAAGCAAUUCAUGAAAAUCAGCCAGACGGGCUUCCAUAAGUACAAUGAAGAUCAAAUUGUCAUGCUUCAGAAUGACGAUGAGUGCAUCAAAGCACUUGACGAGAUGAGAAAAUAGAGGCACAUAGAAAUCAAGUGACUUUCCCAUCUUUCAGUGACAGCGGUGCCUUCAGUUGCUUGGGGAGACACAUCAGGUUCCAUGAGAGAAGCCCUGAUCCACACAGUCCUAGCCCCAUCUGCCCAUCUCAGAAACUUUCCCAAAAUCUGAGAACCCCCGCUUCUUUCCACCUUUCCAGUAUGGGAUUUUCUCUGAAGAAUCGUGGAUGGAAAUCUCUUCUCAACGCUAAAUAAACUAAUGUUCAGUUUU